AGUAUAUUAUCAUCUUGAGAAUACACGACAACAAAAUGUCCACUCUACUCAGACAGUUGUUUUCUAAGUACUUGAUCAUAACAAACACAGUGACUAGUGGAUCUUUGCUCGGACUUGGUGACGUCAUAACACAAAACCUGGAGAUCGAAUAUGCUUCCAGAAUGGGUACCCCGGAACAGAUGUUCGACACCAGCAGAACAGGUAGAAUGUUUUUGAUGGGGUUGAUGCUUGGUCCGUUCGGUCACUUUUGGUACACCAAACUCGCUGACAAACUGGUUGUCGGAUCAGGACCGAAAGUGGUACUGAAGAAAAUAGGAGUGGAUCAAAUUAUUUUCACUCCCAUCAUCACAUGUCUAUUCUUCGGUGGAAUGGGGAUACUUGAAGGACGAGGAAUCCAGGGUGCAACCAGUGAAAUUAAGAAUAACUUCGUAGCCGUCUAUUCAGUAGAUUGUUGUGUCUGGCCGCCGGUUCAGUAUUUUAACUUUCACUUCGUCCCUGCGAGAUUCAGGAGUAUCUACGUUUCAUCUAUGACGCUAGUCUGGAAUACGUUUCUGUCUUAUAUGAAGCACAGGGGUAUAGCUACACAGUGAUGGAGACACAAAGAACCUUUUAGGGUUUAAAUCUCGGAUACGUGUCAGGGAAACAGGACAGACAGAGGAUUUCCAGUGGAAAACUGCAAUUCAAUAUUGUAGCAAUUUUUAGCUCCAAUCGCUUCACAUCGUGAAAUCCAUAUUUGUUGUGUCAUGGCUUUCUCGUCUUAUAUUAAUUACAAUCUAUAUUUUUGAUGUACGUUAAUUUUUUUUAAAUGAAAUAAAUUCUCCGUUCCUGGA